AUGUCUCUUUCCAUAACCAUCAAGUCCUCUGGUGGCACCAAGUAUGAGGUCUCCAUCGACCCCUCCAUAACCGUGGCCGAAUUGAAGACUGCCGUGGCCGAAAAGCUGGGCAUAGAAGCUGAAAGACAACGGUUGAUCUACUCAGGAAAGGUGUUGAAGGACACCGAAACCGUCGAAAGCUACAAGAUCCAGGAUGGACACACCAUCCACUUGGUCAAGAGUGCCGCUGCUUCAGGCGGUGCUCUGUCUGGCGCUGCCAGCUCCUCUGCUGCAAACUCCACUGCCAGCUCAGCGCCUUCCUCCAACGCCAUACCCUCCAAUAUUGCUGCUGGAACCGGUUCCUUCAACCCAUUAUCGGACUUGACAGGCGCUCGUUAUGCUGGCUACGCCCAGCUUCCCUCUGCGUCCAUGUUUGGCCCAGACGGAGGUAUGAACGGAAUGCCAGACCCAGAACAGAUGAACCAGAUGUUGAGCAGUCCUCAAUUCCAAGAGAGCAUGAACCAGAUGUUGUCCAACCCCCAGAUGCUUGAAUUCAUGAUCAACCUGAACCCGCAAUUGAGAGCAAUGGGUCCCCAGGCCCGAGAAAUGCUCCAGAGUCCUUUCUUCAGACAGAUGCUCGCCAACCCCGACAUGAUGAGAGGCAUGAUGGAAAUGACCCGUGGUGUUGGUGGUGGCGCCCAGGCUCCACCAGCCUUCCCAGCCCCAGGCGCCAACCCCACUCAGCAAAGCGACAGCAGCGACUCCACCCAGAGCCAAGGUACUCCAAACACUGCACCUGCUAAUCCAUUUGCAUCCAUGUUCCCCAACGGAGCCCCUCCAAUCAACCCGUUUGCUCUCUUUGGAGAAGGUGCUGGCGGAGCUGCUGCUGCUCCAGCGGACAACAGACCACCUGAAGAGAGGUACGAGUCGCAGUUGAGACAGCUCAACGAUAUGGGAUUCUUUGAUUUCGAUAGAAACGUGGAGGCGUUGAGAAGAACUGGUGGUAGCGUGCAAGGUGCCAUCGAGUACUUGUUGGGAGGAAAUUAG